GGUUCAUUGAGAACAUGGUGGUUGUUCAAUAAUAAAAUUAUUCCUCAAAAAUACAACUUGCCUAAUAAUUCUGCACUCCCUGUAUACAUCUGCUAGAGGCAAAUUUUUAACAUGUUUUGUUUGUUCACCAACCAUAUGCUAUAUGUUUGAGUUGGAGCGGUUUGAUGGUAUGUCAGAUAUGUUUCCUAAGUGUGCAUAACGAUCCUGGGUGAUGUCAUGUUUACCCGUGCAUUUUACUCACGCUGUGUCAUUACUGCAGAGGAUGGAUUUUGUUUGACGUUCAUCUGCGUUAACUGUGGCUAAAAGAGAGAUGCUGACAUUUAGGCAGUUAAAUGUUCAGGUUCAGGUGUGCUUCUUUGCUAGGCAUAGGUAAUAUGGAUGCAAGUAAAGAUUGCAUCAUGGUUGAGGUGAAACUAAGGUCUUUUGUUUCUUUGCACAAGAGCUCUUAAGCUUUAAUUAUCUUGAUCUAGCUAAGAGUUCCCUCCUCUUUUGUAUCCUUAUCCAUUCGUCUGCUUACCUCUUCAGCAUUACUGAGUGUGUUUGUGUGAGAGAGCAAGACCUUGGGUUUUCUCAAACCCCUCUCCCUCAGAGGGACAUCUCUUUUUCCUUAUCUACUGCACUAAAUUCCCAAAAUGGAAACUCUUCUUCAGCUCAAAAACAAUCAGUUUUUAAUGGGUCUGUUUCGCAAUGGGCCUCCACCUGAACUGCAAUAUGAUAACUCCUCAGAGCUCUUCCGCAUCUCAACCUUUGCUCGCUUCCCAACAUCUGCCGUCACUGAACGAAGUCUGGCGAGAGCAGGUUGGUUCUACACCGGCGUGGGUGACCGCGUGCAGUGUUUCAGAUGUAAUGUGACAGCUGAGGGCUGGCAGCCCGGCGACUGUCCAACAGAGAAACACCGACAGCUCUCUCCUUCCUGCUCCUUCAUCCAGAGCCUCCCAUCUACAGCCAACCUCCUCUCCUCUUCUCAUUCCGCCUUCUCCCCUCUCCGCAUUGUCCCAGCGAUACCACUUUCUGGUCCAGGCCCAGCUACUGCUAACACAGCAGUAAGCCAAGGCGAAGAGCCUGUUGGCUACCUGAAUAUGGCCUUCUCCGCUCCUCCGCCCUCCAGCCCACUCACCUCCCGAGGUGUUGAGGACAUGUCCCACCAGAGACCAACGUGCCACAACCCAACCAUGCGCAGAGAGCAAGACCGCCUGGACACCUUCCAUUCCUGGACGCUCUCAAUCAUCAUGCCUGCCGAACUCGCCAAAGCUGGCUUCUAUUACCUAGGGCAGGGCGAUCGAGUGGCCUGCUUCAGUUGUGGAGGACAGCUAAGUAACUGGGAGCCAGGGGACAGAGCCAUAUCUGAACACCAGAGGCAUUAUCCGAACUGUCGCUUUGUCCGAGGUGACAGGGCUGACAACGUGUCGCUAGCUGGUGCAGCAGCAACUGCAUCCUUAGCUGCGAAUUCCCAGAUGUCUUCAGGAGCCACAGUCCUCACCAAUGUGUCCAACCCUGCCAUGCAGCAGAGUGAGGAGAGGCUGCUCACUUUUGUUAACUGGCCAUCACGUAUCCCUGUCCGCCCAGAGCAGCUGGCUAAAGCUGGCUUCUACUACGUAGGUCGUAAUGAUGACGUCAAGUGUUUCUGUUGCGAUGGAGGCCUGCGAUGCUGGGAGUCUGGAGAUGAUCCAUGGGUGGAACAUGCUAAGUGGUUUCCUCGGUGUGAAUAUUUGCUCCAGGAGAAAGGACAAGACUUUGUUCACCAGAUCCAAGCUCGAUUUCCUCGACUUUUUGAGCAACUUUUAACAAAUGGAGACAAUAACUCCAGAGAGUUUGUGGAUCCACCAGUGGUUCACCUCGGUCCUGGAGAGGAGCGGUCUGAGGAUGCCAUCAUGAUGAACACCCCCGUGAUAAAGUCUGCUUUAGAGAUGGGCUUUGAGCGAAGUCUAGUCAAGCAAACGGUCCAGAGCAAAAUCCUGACCAGUGGAGAGAACUACAGGACAGUCCAGGAGCUGGUCUCAGACCUGCUAAGUGCAGAAGAUCAGAAAAGGGAAGAGGAGCGAGAGAUGCUGGCAGAGGCGAUGGCAUCAGAUGGUUUCACCUUUGUGAAGAGACACCAGGCAGCUUUGAUCCAACGACUAAAAAGUGUCGAGCCAGUGUUGGAGCAUUUAAGAGAUCAGAAUGUGUUGACUGCUGAGGAGUAUAGCGGUCUUCUGGCUCAGACGUCUGCCCAGCAGCAGACUGCCAGGUUGAUAGAGCUCAUCCUCACAAAGGGAAACGCUGCAGCUGAGGUCUUCCGCAACUGGAUCCAGAAAAAUGACGUCCACCUGCUCAGAGAUCUCAUGGCUCAGUCAAUCGAAGCUGCAUCGCCAAGCCAGGAUCUUUCAGACCUCCCAAUGGAGGAGCAGCUGCGGCGCCUACAGGAGGAGCGUACCUGCAAGGUGUGUAUGGAUAAAGAGGUCAACAUCGUCUUCAUCCCCUGUGGACACCUGGUGGUGUGUAAAGAGUGUGCGCCAUCACUGCGAAAGUGCCCGAUCUGCAGAGGCCUGGUUAAAGGCACAGUUCGAACCUUUCUCUCAUAAGCAGGAGGUCCGCUGUCAGUUUUAUCAUGUAAAUCUAAUCUAUAGGCUACAGUUUAUAUUUAUUGGAAAGGGUGGCAAGGUAAUUGCACACCUUUUCUUUUUUUUUUUUCUUUUUUUUUUUCCAACUUGUAUGACUCACAAGUUUGUAGAUUUGUCUACAUAACGAGAUAAAGCUCGCAGACUAACCGUAUCUGAAAGUGAUGUAGAGUUGUAAUGCUGAUGCUUUUACUUAUACUUUACCGUAAACUUAACAAGUCAGAAAAUAGAUGAAAACACAAUGUUCAGUGCAAUCUGUCUACCAAUGACAUGCUUGAAUUUUAAUAAAACAAUCACUUUCAAAGUUA